GAAUCUGAGGGUUUCUCCAGGAAGUACAUGUUGACUUAUCACUUUUUCCUAUGCUCCGUAAAAAUUUUUUAGUUUAUUCCAGUCGCUAGGAGACGCUAAGCCGGAAAAGGAAAUGCCUUUCAAGACAACUUCCGAGAGGGGCGCCAUGGCUUCUAGGGAGGAGGUGCUCGCCUUGCAGGCUGAAGUUUCCCGGCGUGAGGAAGAGCUAAGUUCUCUGAAGGAGAGGCUGGCGGCGGCUCUUUUGGCGGAGCAGGAGCCAGAGAGGUUGGUUCCGGUGUCGCCCCUGCCGCCGAAGGCCGCCCUGUCUCGAGAUGAGAUUUUGCGUUACAGCCGGCAGCUAGUGCUGCCUGAGCUGGGCGUGCACGGACAGCUGCGCUUGGCCACCGCGUCCGUGCUAGUCGUGGGCUGCGGUGGGCUCGGCUGCCCACUGGCGCAGUACCUGGCAGCGGCCGGCGUAGGCCGCCUUGGCCUUGUGGACUACGACGUAGUAGAAGUGAGCAAUUUGGCCCGCCAGGUGCUACAUGGCGAGGCGCUGGCCGGCCAAGCCAAGGUCUUUUCGGCCGCCGCCGCGCUGCGCCGCCUCAAUUCUGCGGUGGAGUGCGUGCCCUAUGCUCAGGCGCUUACGCCAGCCACGGCGCUAGACAUAAUCCGCCGCUAUGACGUGGUGGCUGACUGCUCUGACAACGUGCCCACUCGCUACCUAGUUAAUGACGCAUGUGUGCUAGCCGGCCGGCCUCUCGUGUCAGCCAGCGCCCUGCGCUUUGAAGGCCAAAUCACAGUGUACCACUAUGACGGCGGGCCUUGCUAUCGCUGCAUAUUCCCCCAACCACCUCCAGCGGAGACAGUGACCAACUGCGCGGAUGGCGGGGUGCUCGGUGUCGUAACUGGGGUCCUGGGCUGCUUGCAGGCGCUGGAAGUGUUGAAGAUCGCAGCAGGUCUGGGUCCGUCUUACAGUCGCAGCCUGUUGAUCUUUGAUGCCCUCAGAGGACAGUUUCGCUGUAUUCAGCUUCGGAGCCGCAGGCCUGACUGUGCAGCUUGCGGUGAGCGGCCCACUGUGACUGACCUUCAGGACUACGAAGCCUUCUGUGGCUCCUCAGCCACUGAGAAGUGCCGCUCUCUGCAGUUGCUGAGCCCAGAGGAGCGAGUUUCGGUCACCGACUAUAAGCGACUUCUGGAUUCAGGCUCACUCCACCUGUUGCUGGACGUCAGGCCUCAAGUGGAGGUGGACAUCUGUCGUUUGCCUCAUGCCCUACACAUCCCUUUGCAACAUUUGGAACGGAGGAAUGCGGAGAGCCUGGAACUCCUAAGAGAAGCAAUCCGGGAAAGGAAGCAGGGCACACAGGAAAGGGUAGCUUUCCCAGUUUACGUGAUUUGCAAACUUGGCAAUGACUCCCAGAAAGCCGUGAAGAUCCUGCAGUCCUUGACAGCAGUCCAGGAGUUAGAAUCUUUAACAGUUCAGGAUGUUGUGGGGGGCCUCAUGGCCUGGGCUGCCAAAAUCGAUGGAACAUUUCCGCAGUACUGAGGUGGAUGGGAGAGUCUGACCUGAGGCAGAUGUGGAUUGCCAUGUUACCCAAAAGAUAUAUUUAUUUGCAUUUUUUUUCCAGGAAUGCAUGGAAGAGACUGGGAUUGUCCAAUAACUGAAUACAUGGACUCCUUUUUAUUAAGGGCUUUUUUGUUGUAAUGUCUUGGAUGCUGUUGUUAUUAAUGGUUUUUUUUUUUAAUUUUUUUAUAUAUAUAUUUUAAA